CUCCUGUCGUACGAUUCCUACGGGAUCCUGCGGGCUCGCAGCAAAACAUCGACCUGACACCGGGAUACACCGGGUGACCUCCGCUGAAGAAGGCGGAUAUGGCAAGUCUGUGGAAGGCCUUACGCAGCCGGGCAGAAGAUGGCGAGGCGAGACCACAUGGAUGGUUGCCACCCAUUGGGCCCAGUUUCACUGAGUUGCGAAGUAGCAGCAGAUGCUCCGUUCAACGGGCUCGUUCCCAGUCUGCGACUCGCGUCGAUCUCUCGACUCCCUCAACCUCCACGCCUUUGUCUUUGCCACCCAUCAGCCGCAGUGGGACUCCACACUCGGGACCAUGGACACCUGCCACCAGAGGAGCACUUAGUCUUGACCGGGCAAACUCUGAAUCUUCCACCAUAAGUCCAAACUCUUGCUACAUGAGCAUGUAUCCUUCACCUGCCCAUCAAUGUGGGACGCCAGCCCGUCAUUGCGGCACUCCUUUGAAUCAGCCCGGGACACAAAGGAGUCCCCAUUCUGCUCAUUCUGCUCAUUGCAAUUGGAGUCCCCAUCAGUGUGUGAGAAGUCCAAUCAUGUGGACAGAUGAUUAUGCUGAUCACUCGCUGCGGACCUUCAUGGUUGGCCGGAGCGGUAACUUUGCCGCAGCCCCUGUAGAACACGAAGUGUUUGUGCUCUAUGCUUCGCCCAUUGCAAACUGCACUCCAAUUGAUUUCGAAUCAGAGAUCGACCGAAUAGUUUGCAGCGCGCGGGAGUCUGGUCGACUGCAGACUGGACAGGUGCGCCUGCAAGUUGGUGCUGCCUCCUCCGCCUCCCUGACGAAGUUGCUCACCUUAUCACAUGCCUGGCGCCGGCGUGGUGGACAUGGUUUGAUUCUACAUCUGGCAGCGCAUGGUGAUGAGGCCGGCGGGCUUAUAUUGGAAAGCACCAAGGGCACUGGUGAGGCACAUCCGUGCACCCAUGAGAAGUUGAUGAAGAUCCUCCACUCCAAGGGUGAUGGCGAUGGUCGUGGUUUGCGCGGUGUGUCGCUCCUGAUGCUCAGUUCCUGCAGCUCAAAGCAGCUGGCCCAGGUGUUUAUCGACAGUGGCUGCCAGCACGUUAUUGCCACGAGUAGGCCUGUGCUGGACGCCACUGCGCGGGCCUUUACCGAACGUUUCUAUGGGGCUCUCUUCGUUGGUAAGUCCAUCACCGAUGCCUUUGAGCAUACAAAGGAGGCCUUGUCGGCCAGCUCGCACCCAGAGGUUGCUGAGCAGUCCAAUGCCUACCAUUUGCUCAUUGGUUCUGAAGGCGACACAACGACCAGCGGCAGCCCUGUGGAGAGGCCCUGUCGAGAGAAUGACAUCCAGGGCUUUCAGGAUGCAUGCAAUUUGCAAGAGCAGCUCACAUUUUUACCACCACAGGUGGAAGAUUUUUUUCGUCCCCCAGCCAUGCAGCAGGUGCUAAUGUUUCUUCGCAACCGUCGCGCUUGCGCUGUGCACGGCUGCAAGGGCAUCGGCAAAUCUGCUUUGGGCAUCGAGCUCGCUCGUUUUGCAGCAAGCCCUGGAAGGCUGUUCUCUGGCAACGUCCUGCACGUGAGACUGGAAGACAAGGAGGAAGCUUUGACGACGAUCAAGGAAUCUGUCGACUUUUUCGCGGCGAGGCAGAAGCAAUGCUUCUUUGAAUCUGAUGGCAGAAACCCCGUGGGUCAAGCAAGCUGCACGGUUUGGCAGUUGCAACACCUCGAAAGGUGCAGAGCACAUGCCCCGAUGCUGCUGGUUUUGGAUGAUGAGUGCAAUGCUUUGGAAAGCAAGCCUUUACGCAGUCUGCUGGCCGAAGUGCUCCGCAAGACCCACCGUUUGGCAUUGCUCCUGUGCAGCCCACAGCCUUUGCAUGACUCCUUGGGUUCCACCAAGGUAGUGAAUAUCGAACUGACCGGCUUGGAUGCGUCACGCAGCGCUGCGCUCUUCUUGCGACGAGUACAUCGGCCCCUAGAACCUUCGGAUUUCCUCGCAGCUGAGAGCUUGUCCGAGGGCCGAGCCAGAGCACAAUUGCGGCAAAGCAGUGAAGUGGCAAAGCUUCUGGUCGCAAGCCAGAUACUGCAGCCUUUGGACGGCAAUCCAGGCCUCAUCCGCCAUUUGGGCUCUCGAGUCUUUCGCAGCGGUCCAGCUUUGCGGGACCUGGUGCAGGAGAUUUGUGCCCAGGACAAGGACCAGGCGCCGAAAAAUCCAUGGAUGAUUUGGAUGAAGCAUGAUGAAGCUUUGGUGAGUGUUAAAAGAUGUUAA